AUGGCGGCAGACAUCGCCAGCAUUGCUCAGGUGUUGGACGCGACUUUGGACCACAAACAGCACCGCAAAGCCGAGUCCCUCCUCAAACAGGAAGAGAAGAAGCCGCAAUACUCCCUCCAGCUCCUCAAGAUCGUUGCAGGCUCCAACUUCGCCGUCACCACCCGCCUCGCCGCUGCGCUCGCCUUCAAGAACUACGUUCGCCUCAACUACGUGGACGAAGAUGGAAACCACAAGCUUCCCGCCGAAGAGGUCGCCACCAUCAAGCAGGAGCUCGUUGGCCUCAUGAUCCUGUCGCCGCCGAACAUCCAGACACAGCUUGGCGAAGCUAUCAGCGUCAUAGCAGAUUACGACUUUUGGAAGAGAUGGGACACGCUCAUUCAGGAUCUCGUCAGUCGAAUCUCGACCGAAGACUUUAAAGUAACGAACGGAGUUUUGGAGGUCGCACAUUCAAUUUUCGUGCGGUGGCGGCCAUUGUUCCAGUCCAAUGAGCUUUACGAAGAGGUCAACCAUGUCGUCCAGCACUUUGGAGAGGCCUUUAUCGCCGACCAGCAGAUAGAGGCCAACAAGAGCAAUGCCACCCAGCUGAAGGGUUGGUUCGAGACGCUAGGUCUGCUGGUGAAGAUUCUCUACGAUUUGACCUGCCACGAUCUUGCUCCUAUCAUUGAAUCGAACCUGCAGUCCAUACUUUCCCUUCUCGACAAGUAUUUGGCGUAUACGAACCCAAUAUUUGACGGCGACGAUGACGAGGCAACGGCGCUGGAAAACGCCAAGGCCGAUAUCUGCGAGGCUCUGACACUAUUUACGACCAAGUACGAUGAGGACUUUAGCGGUUUCUGUGAACGGUUCAUAACAUCAGCUUGGAACUUGUUGUCCAACCUGGGUCCGGAGAAGCGGUAUGAUCUGGUGGUCAGCAGGGCUCUGCAAUUCCUCACUGCCGUGGCAUCAGUGUCGAAGCACGCUCAAGCGUUCAACGACGAGAACACCUUGGGCCAGAUUGUGGAGAAGGUCAUUCUUUCCAACGUCACUCUCCGUGAGUCGGAUAUUGAAAUGUUCGAAGAUGAGCCCAUCGAGUUCAUCCGAAGAGACCUUGAGGGAUCGGACACAGAUUCUAGAAGGCGCGCGGCGACGGACUUCUUGAGGCAGCUUCUGGAGAAGUUUGAACCUCUCGUCACGCAGGUUGUUUUCAGGUACAUUGACCACUACCUGAAGCAGGGUGAAACAGACUGGAAGGCCAAGGACACUGCGAUUUACCUGUACCUGGCUAUUGCCGCCAAGGGUGCCGUUACGGCUGCACAGGGCGUCAAGACCGUCAACUCUCAUGUCAACGUCGUGGAAUUCUUCCAGAAUCAUAUUGCAGCUGAUCUUCUGAAUGAUGGAGUCGCACCUAUCUCCAAGGUUGACGCUAUCAAGUACCUCCACAACUUCCGAAGUCAAUUGACCAAGGACCAGUGGCUGGCUGCAUUCCAGCCUCUUAUCAAGAACCUGGCGUCUGACAACUACGUGGUCUACACAUACGCAGCUAUCGCCGUGGAACGGGUUUUGUAUCUCUCGAAUGAUGCUGGCGAGCACUUGUUCUCGCGGGCCGACAUCGAACCAGUUGCAAAGGACCUGCUUGACCACCUGUUCAAUCUUAUUGAAAAGGACAAGGCCCCAGCCAAGAUGCAGGAGAAUGAAUACCUCAUGCAAUGUAUCAUGAGAGUACUGAUCGUCAUCAACACGGGCGUCCAGCCCAUUAUCGAUGGUGUUUUGGACCACCUCAUCAGCAUCAUCAGUGUCAUAAAGGCCAACCCCAGCAACCCUCGCUUCUACUACUACCUGUUCGAGGCUAUAGGAGCUUUGGUCAGGUUCUCCGACCCCAGUCAAGAGGCAAAGCUACAUGCACGUCUAUGGGAGCCCUUCUCAUACAUCCUUAACGAGGACGUGUCGGAAUUUGUUCCCUAUGUCUUCCAAGUCUUCGCUGCCCUGCUUGAAGCCGCACCAACAAGUCCACUGCCUGCCGAGUUCAGCUCACUGCUUGGGCCUAUCCUUGCGCCAACAGUGUGGGAGACGAGAGGUAACGUGCCUGGAUGUGCCCGGUUCCUGUCGGCCAUGAUCCCCAGGGCAAAACAGACCGUACUAGAGUCCCAGCAACUGGUGCAGAUACUGGGAAUAUUCCAGCGCCUUUUUUCCAGCAAGAAGACCGAGACCAAUGCCUUCGAUAUCCUGGAAUCGGUUGUGGCCACUUUCGAUGGAGCAACUCUAGAUGCGUACUUCGCCGACAUCCUCACUCUCACUUUCACCAAGCUGCAGGCCAAUCCAUCAGACUCGCACAAGCAACGAUUUGUCCGUUUCUACCAUCUGGUCUCGGCUAGGACAGAAGCCGGCAUGGGCGCCGACUACUUCAUCAACCAGUCCGAGAAACUACAGCCUGGUAUAUUCAAGCAGCUUUACCCGAACGUCAUUCUGACAACCACAAAGCAACUUGCACGUCCAGUCGAUCGAAAGCUCGGUGUGAUUUCAUACACGAAGACGCUGUGCGAUUCGGCAGCAUUUGCACAACAGUUCCAGAAGGGCUGGGCCAACACUGCCAACCACCUCUUGGAGCUCUUGCAGAACCCACCCAAGGUGGCGGGCGGGUUUGGAGAUGAGAUCAUCACGGAGGCAGAUGUGGACGACAUUGGCUUUGGAGUGGGCUUCACUCCGCUAAACACGUGCAAGCGCGGCCCACGGGACGACUUCCCUCAGAUUGACAAUGUGCAAGCCUGGGUCAGCGAGUACCUGAAGGCCGGUAACGCGCGCCAAGGAGGCACGGUCCUCAAGUUCGUGCAAGAGCGCAUGCAGCCGGAGGCCCAGGCUGCGAUUGCCCCUUAUUUGCAGUAG